CGGUGACGUUGUGCGUGUUUGUAGGUGAGAGGGCAGAAGUGCGUAGACAAAAGUACUGCAGUUCACACGCAACCAUAAUGGUUCUGAGUAUCUAAUACACGUUUGUAACGAAACUCUCUCAGCAGAAGUGAUGUAUCAUUCUGGCAAAAGACGAGGUGAAGAUGGAAUCGCUGCUGUUAUUGACUUCCUGUUGUCAAAUGCCCGGUUGGUGCUGGGGUUGGGCGGAGCCGCAGUGCUGGGCAUUGCUACAUUGGCGGUGAAACGGCUGAUAGAACGAGCAGGCAGGCCUCCUGAUGAAAAGCCUGAGAAGAAGAUGACCGAUAGCUGGGAGGAGUUAAACUUGGUUAGCGCCUCACCCAAAUUACUCCACAAAGAAAUUGAAGGAGUGUUGAUGAAAAAGAUUGUAGCUGCAACCAAAAAAGCGGAGCUGUCCCAACCUAUACCCCUGCCCUCCUCCGAGCCCCAGCGCAGUGACGCCGAGCCACCUCAGCGACGGAGACGCAUGGAUCUCUGCGCGAUGACGUUCGCAGAGCGCCUGCAGCAGUACUACAGAACAAGAGUGUGUCUGUCAGCUGAGGAAGUUUGUGUAGCCCAGCAGCGAGCGUUAGACAUCGCCACAGAGAUUCAAGCCUUCUUGCACUCCAAACAUCUAGACAUGCCGUUGGGAGACAUGAUGUUAGGAGGAUCGCUGCUCGACGACCUGCAGGUGGUUAAAGCUGAUCACGCCUGCCUGAUCGUGCCACUACAGUUGGAUUCCAGUCUGUGGACCCCUAUUGCCGGAGAGGACACGUUUGUGGGCCACCCUCAGUACUGCAUGCUGCGCCGCGAGAACCUUGAAUACUUCCCGCGGGGGCGGAGCUAUUGGGACCGUCACUUGUUGGAUGUCUACUUAUCGUCACGACUUGUUUCUGAGCAACUAGGGAAGGCAGUGAUGGAGUCCAUGAACUGGCCAUCGCUAAGUGGAACACUUGAAUGUGAUGUGAGACCAGUGCUUGGGUCUCCCGAGCUCAAACUCGAGGUUCAAGGAUUAAGUCAAUGUGGGUAUGAUGAUGGAGAACGCUUCUACAUCACUAUUUUGCCAACAGUGCGCCUCGGUGAGAUGACGCUUACAGCGCAACGAGAGAUCACCGGGUCUUUCGACUACAUCUGGUACCAGAGCCUCUACACCAGCGAAACGGCAAGACUGGCAACGCUUGAUAAAGAGGACUCGGAGGUCAGAAGGAAGUGCUUGAAAACUUUAAAGGCGGUUUGUCGCAACUGCCCUGCGCUACGCAAGCUUAACGGAAGCCAUCUUAGUAGCGUCAUCCUGCACAUGAGUGAAAAGGACACCGAUUGGUCGGAAUCUGCAUUUACGGAUAGGUUCCUGCAGGCGAUCACAGAGCUGAUUGGUUAUCUAGAGACUGGAAUCUUGCCUAGCUAUUUCAAACCUAGUGUGAAUCUGUUUCAGGGUUUUUCUGAGGAUGACAUUGAUGAAAUGGGCUUUAUGCUCUACUGUGCUGUGACCGAACCUGAGAUACUACUCAUAUGAAAAUAAAACUCACGGAUGCACAUAGAAGUACAUGUAUGAAUACACUUAUCUGUGUGACAACUGUCAUUUAUGCACUUUUAAAGGAAUACUUCACCAAAAGUUACAUUUUUGUUAUUAUUAUUUGCCGUUAUGUCAUCACAUGUGACUUUCCGUUUCCAAUGAAACUAGAAGUGGUCUAGAAUAGUGGUCUUUUAAAGGAAUAGUUCCCUUAAAAGUGAAGGUGGAACUAAAAGCAAGUCCAAUUUAAUGAAGCAGUCUGUUUGGCUUUUGUUCUAUAUUAUAUGAAUUAAACAAACAUGCGUCUUUUGGAUGACCUGCUACUUUAAACAAACAUGCGUGAAUGCAUGAAUAUCUUUGUGUGCCAUUCUGUAUUCUGCAAAUUCUUGAUUGGAAUUCAGCAACUUUUGAAACCGAUUCUUUAUUAUUUUGAAGUGAUCGCACUAUAAGAGGUUUUGCUUACGAUGAGUGACAUAGGCAACAAGUUCAAUUACUAUGCAGUGCUUAUCUAGAAACGUGUUGGAUGUAAAUUUGAAAGAGGGUUGGGUAUCGGACGAAGUAUUGUCUUAAAAACAAGAGAUUCUGUAUAAUUAUAUUGUUUAGUGAUGGGUUUAGUCGUAUAACUUUUUUUGUUUGUUCUAGUUUAUAAAAUGAACCACCAAAUAUGUAUUUUGUUUAGGGAAAAGCGUGUGUAACUUUCAUGUACGUGUGGGUGUUGGUUUAAACGUUACUUGAGGUUUCUAGUUGGAUGAACAUGCUCUUCCUGGUAUUUGUUAAAGGUUUGCAACUCUGCCCGUAAUGUGCAUAAUAGAAAAUAGAAAGCAAUAAAAUGUAAACAGAUCACCAAGACCAGCAUAUGAUAACUUCUUGGACAGUUAAAGCAAACUUGUACCUGUUUCACUAUUGUGAAACCAUGCCUUUCGCUAUUUAUAACUGGGACGUGUGUCUAAAUAAAGAUGGUCCACAAUUUUA